CACACACACACACUAAUCAUACACACAACACCCACACACUUGCUCUCAUACACUCUUUGCAUUGACAUUAGCUGAUCUGAGGUCACUUGCAAGGACACAGAGAAAAACUUUUGAUUUAAGUCACUUUGGUCAAAGUUUAGAGAAGAGGUUUGCGUGGACUACAGGAGCUCUGUAUUGUGUUUUCUCUGAGAAAAAAGGACAAAAUGCAAGCCUUCCUCCUCCUCCUCUUCCUCAGCAAGAUGCUGCUGCUGAAAUUGACCUCCACAACCACACUCAGAGGGCAAAGACAAAACAUGAAGGUGCGUAUCAGUGCUGUUGGAGACACCAUUAUAUUCAAGUUUAUGCAGCCUCAAUUGGACACCAGAUUGGAGGGAUACAUCCUGGGCUAUGGCAGCAGCAUGUUCUCCAAACAAUUUAUCCAGCUACCCAAGAAUGGAGAACCCUAUGAAACUGAAAUAGAUGCUGAGCCAAAAUAUUUGCUCGCAUUGCAGUCAGUGAAAGCUGAUAAACCUAAGAAAGAGUGCACAGGGAAGGUGAAUCUAGAGAAGCCAUUACACCUUGUAAUCGGCUCAGUAACACCAACCUCUGUGCUGCUAUCCUGGGGGACAAUACUGACAACCUCUUUCAUGGAUUCUAUUCUGGAUGAUUGUAUAGAUGAGGGACAGUUCACAGUGCGCUAUAGAGAAAAGGAACCCAGCGAAAUCUGGAAUUACCAAACCUGUCCAACCACCAGCACUGUCAUCGACAACCUCAAACCAGAUGCUCUGUAUGAGUUUGAGGUCCGAGCAGACACCGACACCACUAGUGGAGUCUGGAGCCCCCCAUCCGUCCAUAACACAGCCGAUCAAAUCAUUAAUGAGCCAUUUGAGGAACUGAAUCAAGCAAAACCUGAGAAGCCAGUCUUACCAGGUCGACCAUCAUUCUUGCCUCCAGUACCAGUCUUGUACAACAUUACCCAGACCAGAGCAUUACCCACCCCCCUCCUCAGACAAACUGCCCUUCCAGAACCAUGGAAAACUUCAGGAGCAGGGAAUCCCAUGGCAUCUUCUAUCUCUCAUGAUGAUCUGCCCAGCUCUACCCAGGCCCUUCCUUCCACUCCCACACCGAUCAUCCUGCCCACACGAAAGACCACAAGCAUAGUUGAACAACCCAAAAGUCAGCCCAGUACAAACAAACCAGAUCGUCUCAUAAAACAGCAACAUAUUAGCAUAAUCCCACAACAACCUACAACUACCCAUCAACCUAGCUCGACCCUACAACAAACCAGCACUUCAGCACACAGCACAACCCAACAACAGCCCAGUACAACCCAAGAAUAUUCCAUCAAAACACAGAUCCCAACCAAAGAACAACCACAUACUACCAAGCAGCAAACAAUCACAACCCAGCAACAGUUUAGUGAAACAACAUCUAACACCACACCAACACAAAAUCCACCCACAACCAAACUGCCACUUCCCCAAAUCAAACCUCAACAACACACCACAAACAAAGUCCUACCUAGCACUGUCCAGGAAUAUCCCAACCCCUCUAAGGAACAGGACAGCAUAACUCAAGACAGUCGCCAUAAAGGAGAAAUUCAGCCCAGCACGCCUCGUUCACAAGGCACGUCUAAACACCAAACCAUUAACACUUACCAUUUCCCAAGAAUUACCUCUCACUAUCCAUCCAGUGCAAUCACACUCUCUGAACAACAGGCAAACACUAAACCACCACCAAGAACACACACAUAUUUGUCCACAAAUGGCCAUUCACCAACAACCACAUCUUUGACUCCACCCAUUACUUUAGCAAACAGGCACAAUGAUUAUGUGUCACUGCAGACGACUGAUGUUAGCAAACAACCAAUCUUUAGUACUUGGCCAACCAUCACGAAAGAAUAUUCUACAAAUCACCUUCCUACAACUAAAGAACCACCUCUUACUGAGAAUGAACAGGAACUGACUCCACACCCUAUACAGCUACCCACCCCCUUUAGGUACCAGCCCAAACCCAGCACCACAACACAGCAUUCCAGCACAGUUAAACAGCAAACUAGCACUGCUAAAUAUAACCCCAAAACUGAAUCCCAUGUUGCAAAUCUACUUCCUAAUCCUAAAGAACAGUUGCCAACCCUGAAGCCCAAAAAGUCAAAGCCUUUAACCAUAUUUGAUGCCAUUCAAAACUCCCCUGUGGCAGAGAAGGUAACAGAGUGGAAGAAUCAACCAGGUGGACAAACGGCAAGUUCCCAGCCAAAGGACGAACAGAUUCUGUCAUGGCCAACACUUACAAAUGAGGCGGCCAAUAGGAACCAGGGCAGAGGUAUCUUCCGCAACUCUUCUUCUGUUUCCCGCCCCUUGGCACGCAAUGUGACACAGAAACAGAGGCCUCAUGCUCGUGUCCCUCCAAAUCUCCCAACAAAGUUUUUCAAGCCACCCCCUGUGUAUCGAAACUCCACCCUCAACAGGAAAAGGGUGCCCAGUGGUGAGCGUCAUAUAGGCCUUUGGGGGGCCAAAACUCCGAAGGAGCCCAGAAAGCAUCUGGUGAAGACGAAGCUGAACCAGGCCUCAGAGACUAAAGAAAAGGAAAAGGUUAUUGAUCUGAAGCAGGUGGACCCAGUGCUACUUCUGAAACCUCUAGCUUCUCCCACUACUGAAAAAACAGCCAAUCGAGAGCCUACUCCGACAACACCACCACAAUCUGCUUUUAACGGUAGUCGUUUUGACACAGGUGAUAACUCCUCUGGGUUCAGCCCUCAUCCCGUAUCUGAGGUGGAUGCAAUGGGCAAGACACGUUUCGUAGCACCUCACGUGAUCUAUAGAACCGACAAACGUCCAGAGGAGCCCUGCUCUGUUACUCACUCGCUUAGCUUCUUUCCUGAUGAGGAAGUGGGAUACUUGAAUGUUACUGGCCCACCCAAGACCCCUCCCUCCAAUCUUACUGUGGUUACAGUGGAGGGAUGCCCCUCAUUCAUCGUCCUUGAUUGGAAAAAUACAGACAAUGAGACUACAGAAUAUGAGGUUUCUUCCUCCACCAAGGGUCUGCAUGGAGAGGAGGUGUCCAUCCUGAUAACAAAUCAAACCCAUACAGCUGUGGAAAACCUGAAACCAGAGAGCAGUUAUGAAUUCAAAGUGACACCCAAGAACGAGCUUGGUUCAGGGCCAGCCAGUGAUCCAGUCAGCUUUAAUACAGAGUCGGCUGAUCCUCGUGUGAGUGAGGUCCCUACUGGUAAAACUGCCAUCUGGUCAUCAUUUCCAUUCAAGUCAGACUCGUACUCCGAGUGCAACGGGAGGCAGUUCAUAAAGCGAACCUGGUACCGCAAAUUUGUGGGUAUCCAGUUGUGCAACUCUCUUAGAUAUAAGAUCUACCUGAGUGACUCUCUCACUGGGAAGUUCUACAACAUAGGAGAUCAGACAGGGUAUGGGGAGGACCACUGUCAGUUUGUUGACUCGUUCCUAGAUGGACGAACCGGUGGUCCUCUUUCACCAGAACAGUUACCACCCAAACAAGGCUAUUUCCGGGCUAUGCGUCAAGAGCCUGUCAGGUUUGGGGAGAUUGGAGGAAAUUCCCAGAUCAACUAUGUGGCCUGGUAUGAGUGUGGGAUCCCCAUUCCAGGAAAGUGGUAGGACCCUGAGGCACAGAUGGAAGAUACGACUGAUAUGAAACAUCAGGUCACAAGAGAAGCGGUGUUGUGCAAGAUUCGAUACCCUCGCCGAAUCCUGUUCUCCAUGGACCCCAAGAGGUAGCUGUGUAAUGCCUGUUCAAAAAUGUAUCAAGACUGUGAUAUCUAGUUCUAGAUAAUCAAAAUAGCCUUUUCUGUUUUCCUUUUGUAGCAGUGGUAGCUACAAAUAAUAAAUAGUAGGUCUACAAAGAUAUACAAAUUUAAUAUACUUCUAGCAAAAUUGAAGAAAGAACACAAAAUAAGUCAUUUCAAACAAAAUCUGGCCAAAAAUGUUUUUAAGUUUGUUUCAGUAGUUUGAAACAGCUUGCCAGCGCGAACACAGGAAAAUAUUGUACUGGCUAUUGUUACACAUUCUUACUGCGAUUGGUCCACAUUAUAGGUGGGUGUGACCCGGUGCCCUACCUACUUUGAUGCCAACAUUUUUUUCUGGUUCGUUUCUCCACUCAGUUGACAUCAGUAAAUAUGAACACCUUGCAGUGCAGAGCUGUUGAGCUAGUGCAAACUUAACUCCAUCUGGACAAUUGUUUGCAUAGAGCCAUUUUCCAAGACCAUGUUGUGAUUGUUUUUAAAUUGAGUCUACAAAAGUCUAUAAAAUACAAUAUUAAAUGGUAACCAGUUCAUAUUAUGGCCACGUAUAGCAUGUGAGCAUUAGCACCAUGAAUGCACAAUGUAAACAUUACACAUUAUCUUCUACAUAUUUUACUUUAAAUCAUCACAGAGUGGUUAAAACAGCUUCUUUUCCUGAUUUUGUGUAUUCUACUCAUAGAAUGAGGCAAUAAUUCAUAACUUUCAUCUUAAUGUUAAUGUUUUACAUGUAGUCUCUUGACAGGACAGCAUGCAUCUAAAUGCUCUGCUAAACGCCAGUCCAAUAGCGGCAUAGACAGUUCGCAAAUAAUAUACUGUUGCAACCUUUUUUACAGACUGACAAAGUAACUUGUGAAGGGUAUAUGCUAGGCUAGCAGGUGAAUAGAUUUGUGUAGGGAUGUCCCGAUACCGGUAACAGACUACGCUCAUGUACUUGUACUCCUAAAAAUGCUCUGAUAUCAAAAACCAAUACCAUCUGACCUACCAGUGUCAUUACUUACACAUUCAGCGUACAUAUUAAAAUCACGUCAUGUAAUUGUGAGAUUAUUAAACAGCAAAAACUGCGAUUUAAUUUGCUAAAUAUAUAGUUUGUAUGUGCAGCAUUUUAAAUGUGAGUGCUUGUGAAUGUGUGAAGCCGGUGUUGUGUUGACAUUAAGACACAAAGUGCUCAUACCAUUUAGAGCUUGUACAUGGAAAAACACCAUCAUGUUCUGUAUAAAAGCAAUUCAUUUGACAAAAAAUAAUACAAUAUCAUGUUGAAAAUUAAUUGUUAUACUUUCAUUUGAAGUUCAGAUAUAAUAUAUAUAUAUAAAAAACAGAUAUUGGACUCUGUAUCGGCGAGUACCAACAAAACAUUAUUGGAACUCUUACUCAUUCUCAAAAAAAAAUGUAUCGGGACAUCCCUAGAUAUGUGAUAUGCUAAGCUAGCAGGCUAAUCAGCUAGCACUAUUUUAUCGGCUAACAACAUGCUAAGUUAGUAGCCCAACCAUUAACCAUAUCCGGCUAUAUGGUUAUAUGGACAUCAUAAAAUGAUUUUGUUGAAUUUAUAAUCAAGCACCAAAUACAAUCAGAAAUUCUUUCAGCCAAUAGAAUCACUUUGUGUUCAAGGGGUGUAGGAUUAUUGGGGGGAAUAGAAUCUUGCACAACACCUGACUUGUUACAUGAUUAAUGUGUAUAUAGAAUGAUUUUGUAGAUUGAGUAUGCAUCUAAGUUUUUGGUUAUCAGGCACAUAUAAAAUUAUUUAUAUGCUCAAGCAGCGCAUUAAACAGAGAAAACGGAAUAAAUAUUACCAUUAUGUGCAAGAAGUUUAAUUUGGGAGAAUAAAGGAAAGCAGGCUCCUUUAAUGGCUAAAGCAAAGUAUAUAUUAUUUAUCAAAAUGUUGAAAUGGCAAUAGUUACAUAUUUAACAGUGUUUGUUUGUACACAAAGCUCUCGGCAACAAACAUUAACACACCUGCCAAACUGAAAGGAAUGUUCCAACUUCCCGAAUGUUCAGUAUAAGUUAACCUUUAUGAACAACUGUGACAUACUCUUGAUCACAGACAAUAAUUUUGACUGGUCCCUCAGCUUGUAUGAUCAGUUGUAAAAUUGGGUGUUCAGUAAUGUACCUACAAUGGAGGUUUAAAUGCUGAAAUGUGCAUCUCAUAUUUUUAUUAAAGCGGUUAUAUUAAUUUUUC